AUGGCCGCGGCGGCGGCGGUGGGUGUGCGCCCGCUUCGCUUCCCCGCGCAGGAAGAGGCGGCGGCGCGCGACGUACAGCGGCUGCUGGUGCAGUUCCAGGAUGAGGGCGGGCAGCUGCUGGGCUCCCCUUUUGAUGUGCCCGUGGACAUCACUCCGGACAAGCUGCAGCUCGUGUGCAACGCGCUGCUGGCCCAGGAGGAUCCCCUGCCACUGGCUUUCUAUGUCCACGAUGCUGAGAUUGUCUCCUCGCUGGAGAGGACGCUGGCGUCACAGGCAGUGGAGACAGAGAAGGUUCUCGACAUCAUCUACCAGCCACAAGCUAUCUUCAGGGUCCGUGCUGUGACCCGCUGCACCAGCUCCUUGGAGGGUCACAGUGAAGCAGUCAUUUCUGUGGCCUUCAGCCCCACAGGAAAGUACCUGGCCAGUGGUUCUGGAGACACCACAGUGCGCUUCUGGGAUCUCAGCACCGAAACACCACAUUUCACGUGCCAGGGGCACAGACACUGGGUACUUAGCAUCUCCUGGUCCCCAGAUGGCAAGAAGCUGGCGUCAGGCUGCAAGAAUGGCCAGAUUCUGCUCUGGGACCCAAGCAUGGGGAAGCAGGUGGGCAGAGCCCUCACAGGCCACAGCAAGUGGAUCACAGGCCUGAGCUGGGAGCCCCUCCACGUGAACCCCGAGUGCCGCUAUGUGGCCAGCAGCUCCAAGGAUGGCAGCGUGCGGGUCUGGGACACAACAGCGGGCCGCUGCGAGCGCAUCCUCACCGGGCACACGCAGUCCGUCACCUGUCUCCUGUGGGGCGGCGACGGGCUUCUCUACAGUGCCUCCCAGGACCGCACUAUCAAAGUUUGGCGGGCUCAUGACGGUGUCCUGUGCCGGACUCUGCAAGGCCAUGGCCACUGGGUAAACACCAUGGCCCUCAGCACUGACUACGGUCAGGGCCCGGAGAGGCUGGUGUCUGGUUCAGACGACUUCACCUUAUUCCUGUGGUCCCCAGCAGAGGACAAGAAGCCCCUCGCACGGAUGACGGGACACCAGGCCCUCAUCAACCAGGUGGUCUUUUCCCCUGACUCCCGUGUCAUUGCCAGCGCCUCCUUCGACAAGUCCAUCAAGCUGUGGGACGGCAGGACCGGCAAAUACCUGGCUUCCCUGCGUGGUCACGUGGCUGCCGUGUACCAGGUCGCCUGGUCAGCUGACAGCCGGCUCCUCGUCAGCGGUAGCAGUGACAGCACCCUGAAGGUGUGGGACGUGAAGGCCCAGAAGCUGGCCACAGACCUGCCAGGCCAUGCAGAUGAGGUGUAUGCGGUUGACUGGAGUCCAGAUGGCCAGAGAGUGGCGAGUGGUGGGAAGGACAAAUGCCUCCGGAUAUGGAGGCGAUGAGAAAUCUCUCAUUUUCUGCGACCCCACCUGGACUUGGCUGCGGCUAGCUGCUCAUCCUGAUGGAGACCAGAGACCAGGGUGGUAACCCUGAGAGUGGCCUGCUGUCCUUGCACAGACCCCAGCAGAGUCCCUCCCCAGAGCAACAGAUGGGAGGUCACAAGACGUUCUUGCUCGGCUCCGUCCUGGCCAUCACUCUGUACCUUGCUGGUGCUGGUGGGGUGGCUGGCACCAGGUGUUACCAGGCCCCUGCUGCUGCCCCUUUCACCUAGGUGUCAGCUCUGUUCUGAUCCUGUACAGAACUGAUCCCUAGGUUCCAUGACCAAAUAAAUAAUUUAUAUUUUG